UCCCCGUGCUGAGCCCCGCCAUCCCCCAGCGCUGCGCUGCUGUUUCCGCGGCGUUCCUUAACUCGGGCCCGCCCCGCUCCCUUCGCGGGCCGCAGGCCGGGGGCGGUGCGCGCUCCGCGGCAUGGCGGGCGCUGCGGCCCGGGGCCCGCUGCCUCGGCCCUGCCGGCCGCUGCCUCUGCCCUGCCUGCUGCUCCUGCUCCUGCUGCUGCCGGCCGCCGGCGCCGAGCCCGAGCUGCGCUUCAGGCCGCCGGCCGAGGCCCCCGUCCGGCUCUUCACCGAGCCCGAGCUGGCCAGAUACGACGGGCACCAGGAAGGACAGCCCAUCUACCUGGCAGUGAAGGGAGUGGUGUUUGAUGUCACCUCUGGAAAAGAAUUUUAUGGAAAAGGAGCCCCAUACAAUGCUUUGGUUGGAAAAGACUCAACAAGAGGAGUUGCAAAGAUGUCUCUGGAUCCAGCAGAUCUUACACAUGACACAACAGGACUCACAGAGGAGGAACUGAAGUCCCUGGAUGACAUCUUCAAUAAUGUUUAUAAAGCCAAAUAUCCAAUUGUUGGCUACACUUCUCGGCGAAUUCUGAAUGAGGAUGGCAGCCCCAAUCUGGACUUCAAACCUGAAGAUCAGCCACAUUUCAGCAUUAAAGAUGAGUUUUGAGGAGCAUUUUUGUACCUAGAGGAUGCCUGGGGAGUGGCAGAAUAUUAAAUUAAUUCCCUGUUGUGGAGUUCAUUACUACAAUUAGCUACCGUGAGUCAGUUCUCUGCUCAGAGAAUGUGUGUGUGUGUGUACACACAUAGCACAGAGGAAACAAACAGAUCUGGAGCAGUGUCAUACACCUGGGCUGUUUGCUGGGAAUUACAGGAAUUAUUUAACCUGCAAGUUCUUUCUGCCAGGGUUUCUCUGUUAAGAAGUGUAUAAUGUAACAUUACAUUCCUCAGAAGAGAGAAAAAAGCUUUUAAUAAUUGAAAUAUGACUGGUCUUUUUGUAAAUCCCAAGCUAUUUCCCACUCCUUGGAAAAGUGUAAAUGAAUUAUUUGGACAAGCUCACAUCAAUUCUCUGUGCUUCAUGUGAAUGUAGGUAUCACGAGUACAGACAGGUGCAAUCGAGGCUUACAUUUUAAAAUGCAUUAUGAGGUUUAAUAUUUGAUGGAUUUGAGAAUACUGGAUAUAAAGCCACUCAGUCUCCUCAAAUGCAGUUACUGUGGAGUAUUUCUGCAAAGCCUACAGCUGUAAACUGAGAAAAAUAAAUGGGUUUUUUUCUCCCAUGAAAACUACUGUGACAUUUUAAAUAACACUAUUAUGUUAGUUUUGGAUAAAUGACACUUUACUUUUUAAAACUAAUUAUCAAAGAUGUCAUCUAUAUUAGAUUAUGACGAUUUCCUUGUACCUUCCUGCAAUCUUUCUCUGACAAAAAGAGGAAAUCAUAGCUCACCGUUUGCCACAUAUUCUUACAGCACAAGUUUAUUAUAGCAGUUUAGUGUCCUGGGGAUGUUGUUAGCAUUUAUAUAUUAACAAUUUCAGCUCUCAUUUUUUAUUUCUCUUAGUUUUCCUUUGUUCUUACCCUGGCUUCAUCGCUGCUGCUUUAAUGAAGUGUGUGCAGUGCCAUGUUCCUCUUCCUCUUAACCUGGUACAAGCUGCAGAUCCUGCAGGGUGAAAGCAGACCCCCUUCAUGGCAUUUCCCUGGCAGUCUUUCAGCAACAAGAGGGCUGUAAAAGCCUGAGCUGUAAAGAUUGCUGCUAACCCCUGACUUUCACUAACUUAAGUGGAAUGGGAAUUGUCCCGUAUGUGGAUUUAUCUGUCCCUGUCACCAUUUUCACUCAUAUAGGAAAAACUAAGGAGCUGCUCUCAAUUCUGUAUUAAUAACACAGAUAUAAUAAAUAUAUGGUUCUGUAUUGUUGUUCUAUUUCUUAAGCAUUUUGGUAACUUUCUAUGAAGGGAAGAUUUUGUUAAAUGAUUCUCCACCUUCUAGUUUGUAGGGGACAGCUGCCUGUUGAAUAACUAGAAAAGCUGUUUCUAUGUAUUUGCCCAUUCUUUCACAGUGUUACAGAUUUUACUCUAGAUUUGUUUUGUGUCUUACCAUUAGACCACUUCAUUUGCAGGAGGGACUCCUUAGGCCCCCACUGUUGGAUGAUGCUCUGAGUAGAAAAAAAUAAAUCAGCAUCUAAGAAA